UUCUCCACUCCUCUUUGUCUCAUCUAUCUUUGUACACACACAUCAAAUUCUAGUUCCUUCAUUUGGUUAAAAACACUCACCCUCCUCUUACCUUUCAUAACCUGUCUCUCACAUACAUACUCCAAUAAUGCGUAACACUUGUCUCAAUAUUAUACCAUCAGUGGUUCAAACUUUUGACCAUGAUGACUUUUUUGCUCGCCGCUGCAUAUGGGUGAACGGCCCUGUCAUAGUUGGGGCUGGUCCAUCUGGUUUAGCAGUUGGUGCUGGCCUCAAAAAGCAAGGCGUGCCAUUCAUUAUCCUUGAAAGAGCUAAUUGCAUCGCUUCUCUUUGGAAAAACCGCACCUAUGAUCGCCUUAAGCUUCACCUCCCCAAACAAUUUUGUCAACUACCCUACUUUCCAUUUCCAGAGGACUUUCCAGAAUACCCAACCAAACGCCAGUUUAUCUCUUACCUAGAAUCCUAUGCUGAGCACUUUGACAUAAGCCCACAUUUCAAUGAAACAGUGCAGUCUGCUAAGUAUGAUGAAACUUUUGGUUUGUGGAGGGUCAAAACCAUUAGAGAAACCAGUUCAAAUUCAAACCUAAUUGGUGAUUAUCAAGUUGAGUACAUUUGCCGGUGGCUUGUGGUGGCCACUGGUGAGAAUGCAGAGAAAGUGGUGCCAGAGUUUGAAGGCUUUGAAGAGUUUGGUGGCCAUGUCAUUCAUGUUUGUGACUACAAAUCCGGCAAGAGAUAUUGCGGGAAGCGUGUGCUAGUUGUUGGUUGUGGUAAUUCAGGCAUGGAAGUCUCCCUCGAUCUUUGCAGCCACGAGGCAGAACCAUCAAUGGUUGUUCGAGACUCUGUUCAUGUCUUGCCAAGGGAAGUGAUGGGAAAAUCAACUUUUGAGUUAGCAGUUUUGUUAAUGAAACGGCUGCCACUUUGGCUUGUCGAUAAGAUACUGCUGAUUCUAGCUUGGUUGAUUCUUGGAAAUGUUGAAAAGUAUGGUCUGAGAAGGCCAUCCAUAGGUCCUUUACAACUCAAAAAUAGUGCAGGAAAGACUCCUGUGCUGGACAUUGGUGCAUUACAAAAAAUUAGAUCUGGUGAGAUCAAAGUGGUCCCUGGAGUCAAAAGGUUCUUCCCUGGCAGAGUUGAACUUGUUAAUGGAGAUCAUAUUGAGAUUGAUUCUGUUAUUCUGGCAACUGGGUAUCGCAGCAAUGUUCCUUCAUGGCUAAAGGAAAAUGACUUCUUUUCCCAAGAUGGGAUUCCAAAAAAUUCAUUUCCUAAUGGGUGGAAAGGGAAAGCUGGGCUCUAUGCAGUUGGGUUCACAAGGAGAGGCCUCUCUGGAGCAUCUUUGGAUGCAAUUAGUGUAGCACAUGACAUUAGCAAGAGCUGGAAAGAAGAAAGAAUGCUUUUUUAUUUUUUAUUUUUUAUUUUUUUUGUGUCUAUUUUUGUUUCCUUGGUUUCGAGAUUGAUAAGUCAAAUUGAGAUCAGUUUGUGUAGAGAAGUUAGAACACAAGAAAAAGGAACAUAUAACACACAAAAUUUAGCCCUGUCCUAGAGAAAUCCCAAAAUGUGAAAAUAAUUGGAUUUCUUUUUCUUUCUUUUUUGUACCAAGGAAGAUGAGGCUUAUUGUUUUCUUGUUCUAAGCAUAC